UGAUUUCGCACUGCAAACAUUCGUAAAGCUCAGCACCCGACCCAGAAAACCCACCCUCCCACUCCCAGCAAAAGUAUUACCAAUUUACUUGUGUCCUAAUUUUUGUGGUAGGCUACGAUCAUGGCCACAACUCUGCCAUGGCAACCCCCACUCCAGUUAAAGCCACGCCACCGUAUCCCUAUGCCCUACCGUAUCCGCCAGGCCACUUCUGUCCGCCAAUUGGCGCCCAUCCGGGCCUUCAGGCGCAGUGACAUCGACGGUUUCGCGAGGCGCAUGGUCUCCGGUGAGGCCUGGAGGGACGCCUGGCGCAGCGCCAACGACGGAUUCGAGCAGCUAGCCUUCGAGGCCAAGAAGGCCGCCGAGCGCCUCGAUCGCCAAUACUCCGUUUCACGCCGCCUUAGCUCCGUUGCCCGCUCCGCCUCCGAACGCGCCCGCGACAUCGACAGGGAGUUCGAGAUCGGCCUCCGAUGGCGCACUUUCACCAUGGACUUCAAUAGAAACUUGCCGAGGUACAGGAAACAGCUCAGUGAUUUUCUGGAUACUCCACUGGGAAGAAGUUUUGCGACUAUUCUCUUCCUCUGGCUUGCAUUAUCUGGAUGGCUUUUUCGGUUCUUGAUAUUUGCGGUAUGGAUACUUCCAUUUGCCGGUCCUCUUCUCAUUGGGACUAUUGCCAAUAACCUUGUUAUAAAGGGGGCUUGCCCAGCCUGUAAGAGGCAAUUUGCUGGUUACAAGAACCAAAUAAUUCGUUGUACAAGCUGUGGAAACAUCGUCUGGCAGCCAAAAGGGGACUUCUUUUCAAGAGGCAGCAGAGGCAACACUACUUCAAAGUCGGAGCCUGACAUUAUUGAUGUGGACUUUGAGGAGAAAUGACGGGAUACCCAGGUAGUAGUGCCAUGGCGGACAUAGUAUACAGAGAGCUAUGAGAAUGCAAGCCUUUUCGCUGUUCGUCUGUUCUGAUAUUUAGUCUCAUAUAUUUUUCAUGUUUGGUGUUAAUUUUUCUUCCUGUAACUUGAAAGUGCUUGUAAUUUUUGCUGGAUAACGAGGAUCUGUAUAUUUUUUUUAAAAAAGAAAAUUAGGAAUACCUCAAUGUCUUGUUCA